CCGUCGCCACGCCUCCAGGAGCGCAGCUGCUCUCCACAUCUUCCCUCACUCUCUCUGGCCAGCUUCACUGCUAGAGGCACUCACCCUGCAACUGACUGUAUGUUUACUCAGCCUGGGCAAAGGCAAGGCAGAAAACAUCACAUCCAGUCUCAGUCCUCUGGUGCUUUGUUGUCGCUGAACGCUAAAUUACGCAACAACCUACGCUACAGCUGCAUCGUCGAGUUCCGGUAUCAGGAUCGCUUUAAUCUGAUGUAUUUUGCAACAUUAAACGGACAUCUAUUAUUCUGUUUUCCGUGUAAGUGAAUUCCCAUCUGUAAAGCCUCCCGAAAGUGAUGCGCAGUGAGGAGCCAGGGAAUAUGAUCUCCGCGUAAACUUCUCCUCACUUCUCUUAGUUUCUCUCCGCUCAAAAUCCUCCAUUGAAAAUGCAAAUCCUCCUGUACGCAGCUGUCUUCCUUUACCUCAAGGAGUCUGCCGGCGCAGAGCCGAAAGCCAAGUGUCCAACGCGGUGCGAUGUGAGUACCUGUCCGAGUCCCAGCUGCCCCAGCGGCUACGUGCCGGACCGCUGCAACUGUUGCCUGGUGUGCGCCCAGGGAGAGGGAGAGCCGUGCGGCCGCAAGGACGACCUACCGUGCGGGGACGUACUGGAAUGCAAACAUCCGGCGGGCAAGCGGCUCUCCAAGGGCGUCUGUCAAUGCAAGUUGAGCCAGGAAGUGUGCGGCAGCGACGGGAAGACGUACGGCAACGUGUGCCAGCUGAAGGCGACCAGCAGGAAGGCUCUGCAGCAGGGACUGCCGGGCAUCACCCAGAUCCAGAAAGGACCGUGUGAGACAAGCAUAGGUACGAUUUACGCAAUGAUGGCUUCAUUAUUUG